CCGGAAGAGAAAGAGGACGUAAUCAACCAAGUGAAUUGGCUACCAAGUUUGAUACCUAAAAUUGGCAAAGGCCAAUAUAAUGAAAUUCAUCAACGUAUUGCUGCCACUGAAUAUAUUGUUGAUAUUUGUGGAGGGUUUCAUAAGUGGGACAAUGGGAAAUGAAAAUUUUACUCUCCCUUCCAACUGUUCUACAACAUGUGGUGAUAUAAAGAUCGAGUAUCCUUUUGGCAUUGGCAGUGGUUGUUUUCGUACUGUUGGAUUUAACCUUACUUGUGCAUAUGAUUCUAAUCCUCCAAGGCUCCUCUUGGGAGAUGACACUAUCCAAGUAAAGAAUUUUGAUAUGGAUAAAGGUUUGGUUUAUAUUGAAUCACCGCAUGUCAUAUUGAAUGUAGAUGCACAAUCCAGAAACUCCACAUUGAUCAGUCUUAAAAAUUUGCCUUUCUCUUUGCGCUCACGUUUGGUUUAUUCUACAAGAUCAAUAGAAGAUACGAGCUUAUACAAUACUUUGUAUAUAUUCGGUUGUAGUGCUACUGCCAAUAUUCUUGAUGUUGCUACCACUGGUACAAUAGAUUCUUGUUCUACAAUAUGCUCCGCUACCAAUACUACUUCAACUACUGAGCAGAGAUAUACAUACGGCAACGGGUUUUGUACACUUGAUUUGUAUAAUGAAAAUUUUAAUCAUGAAUCAUGGGAUAUUCAAUUAACUCGACUCAAUGAGAAUGAGAAUGAGCAUCGUAUGAUCAACAAUAGUACCUCCAACAUCACAGCUAUCAUAUUCGAUGAUGAAUCCAUUAGUGAUGAUGACUACGAAAGGCUUAUAAACGAUAGGAAUACAACUGGAAUUAUGGCCUCCCUCUCUUGGUACAUUAGUGAAUAUACUACCUGCAAAGAGGCAAUGAAGAGGAUUGACACUUAUGCAUGCCGUAGUCAGAAAAGUGAAUGCUAUGAUGUCCUUGCUGCAGAUGCACAAUACUUGAAUGAAACCAUUGGUUAUAAUUGUCAAUGUUCUUUGGAUUAUGUCGGCAAUCCCUACCUACCUAAUGGAUGCCAAUUAGGUCAAAAUUUUACGUCCACUCCUAGACAAGAUUGUCAAACUAAAUGUGGAAAUGUUACAAUUUUCUUUCCCUUUGGGCUAAAAAAAGGUUGUUUCAGAGAUAAUGGCUUUGCUCUAACAUGCAAUGAGACCUCCCACCCUCCAACUCUCCUAUUCCAAGACUUCUAUGUAGUGAGCAAUAUGUCAUUGGAGGAAGGGCAAUUGGAGUACCAUUAUCCUAGUGAUUAUAUUUACUAUUCAUAUGAUAGACGACGUUCACAUUUUGCUUCCACGAAAGAGGAGAACAUCAUUAGGUGGGUAGUAGCCUACCAAUCUUGUAAGAAUGCUACAAAAGACAUUAUCACCUUCGCAUGUAUGGAUGAACACAGCAUAUGUUUGGAUGUGAAUGACACAAGAGAUGGCCAAGUUAUGGGCUACAGAUGCAAUUGCGCAGAUGGCUAUGUUGGGAAUCCUUACCUCCGUGAUGGAUGUAAAGAUAUCGAUGAAUGCAACUCUUCUUUGCCUGCUUGCACUGGAAUUUGCAUAAACAUAGAAGGUGGCUUCAAAUGCAUAUGCCCUCCGGGAACAUUAGGAGAUCCUCUACAUGGAGCAUGCGUCUCUAGCGGAAAGAAAAAUCUUUUAUUAGGGGUUCUCGUUGGGGUAAGCAUUGGAACCAGCCUUUUGGUUUUAUGCAUAUCAUUGAUCGUCCUGAGUAAAAAAUGGAAGUUGAGAAAUCAAAAGAAAAUUAGACAAAGGAACUUUCAUCAGAAUCAUGGUUUAUUGCUGCAGCAACUAAUCUCUACCAGUGCAAAUGUUGAGGAGAAAACAAAUAUAUUUUCUUUAGAAGAAAUAGAAAAGGCAACAAAUAACUUUGAUGAAACUAGAAUACUUGGAAGAGGGGGACAUGGAAUUGUUUACAAAGGAAUUCUAUCAGAUCAACGAGUUGUUGCUAUAAAAAAAUCAAAAACUGUUAAAAUGAGUGAGAUCGACCAAUUUAUAAAUGAGGUUGCAGUUCUUUCUCAGAUUAAUCAUAGGAAUGUAGUUAAGCUAUUAGGAUGCUGCUUGGAAACUGAUGUUCCUUUGUUGAUUUAUGAAUUUAUCUCUAAUGGGACUCUUUCAGAUCAUCUUCAUGUUUCACAAGGUGAAUCUAAAUUAUCAUGGGAUGAUCGUCUCAGAAUUGCCACAGAAUCUGCAGGUGCACUUGCCUAUUUACACUCGGCCGCUUCUAUAUCUAUUUUUCAUAGGGAUGUCAAGUCAUCAAAUAUUCUUUUAGAUGAUACUUUCAGGGCAAAGGUAUCAGAUUUUGGAGCAUCAAGAUUUAUUCCUAUUGAUCAAACACAUAUAGUUACUGCAAUACAUGGUACCUUUGGAUACUUAGAUCCAGAGUACUAUCAUACUAGUCAGUUAACAGAAAAAAGUGAUGUUUAUAGCUUUGGAGUUAUUCUUCUUGAGCUUUUAACGGGAAAGAAACCAAUAAACUCAACAAAUGAUGGAUCACAACAAAAUCUAGCAAUGAAUUUCCUUCAAGCAAUGAGAGAGAACAUGUUAUUUGAUCUUAUAGAAGAUCGUAUUUUGCAUGAAGGAACAAAGCAAGAGCUUCUUGAGAUAAGUAGUUUGAUAAAAAUAUGUCUAAGCUUGAAAGGUGCAGAAAGACCUACAAUGAAGGAGGUUGAGUAUAAAUUACAAGGUAUGAGAAAGACUAGAAUGAAGAAAAGAGGAGUUUGUAUUCCAGAAGGCAAUGAAGAAAAUGAAUAUUUACUCAAUAUGUCGUCUCACUCUUCCUCAGAAUUGAUGGGCCAAAUAGAUCAAGGAAAUUCAAGAAAUUAUAGCUUAGAAAAGGAAAUCAUGUGGUCACAAAAUUACCCCCGAUAAGUAGGUUUGUUUUAAGCAUAUGCAAGCAUAUAUAAUUUGCA